AUGGCAGACGCACCAGAAGACAUGGUCGAGAGCGUCUUGCCGACGCGAUGGAACCGCGACUUUGAGAGAAUUGCCAACGACCUGUGCCCGAAGCUCCAUCGAUGGACGCGCACGCCCCGACGGGUAAUCAAGUUCGACAAAGAUGAAAACCAGUACUUUGGCGUCCGCGCGGUGCCCGCAGAGUACCCGAUCGAUCAACUGCCGUCCAAGGCAUGGGGCAAGGGAGACGACUUCAUCCUCGACUUCGGCAUCCACAUGGUGGGAUACGUCUCGAUGAGGCUCGAGUCCCGCGGCUCGCACAUGGACGCCCCGUGCAGAUUGCGUUUUACCUUUGGCGAGUCUCCCUUGGAUGUGACGCUUGGCAUGGACAACGUCAAGACAUGGAUCAGUACGAGCUGGCUGCCGGACGAGAUUAUCAACAUCGACAUGUGCCCCGAGCUCAUUUCCUUGUCUCGCCGCUACUCGUUCCGCUUCUUGCGAGUCGAGAUCAUCGACACCUCGCCCAAGUACAAGGUUGCGUUUUCCGAGGUCAAGUGCGAGUGCGUCAGCGCCAUUGGUCAAGACCAUUCUCUCGAGGCUUUGCAGUUCGAUGACGCACUCCUCCAGAAGAUUGACCAUGUCAGCAUCUCGACCCUGAGAGACUGCAUGCAGACUGUUUUCGAAGACGGCCCGAGACGAGAUCGACGCCUCUGGAGCGGCGAUCUCCGGCUUCAAGCUCUUGCAAACUACAGUACCUUCCGGGAUUAUGACCUCGUCAAGAGGUGCAUCUUCCAGUUCGCCGCCGUGGUCCGUGAGGACGACUCAGUGCCUGCCUGCAUCUUUGAGCAACCACAGCUGACGCCGUCAACGGAUUACAUCGUGGACUACGACGCUCUCUUCGCUGCCAUAACCUACGACUAUGUGGUUACAUCUGGGGAUACAACCGCUGGCCACAGUCUCUGGCCUACGGUUUUGGGCUGUGUCAAGCGAGCAAUCAGCCAUCUGGACACUACCACGUAUGCAUUCGACGAGACAAAGAGUGAAGGAUGGAAGUUCCUUGACUGGCAGCCUGGUCUGGAACAUAGCGCAGGACUCCACGGCGUUCUUCUGUUCAGCCUGAAAGCAGCCAACGCCCUAGCCAAACUCCUCGACAAGGAGGCCCCGUUCGAGGACCUCGUGGCCAAAAUGACCGAAGCCGCAAAGGUAUUCCUCUCGCCAGACAACCUCUUCUUCGUGUCCGGGCCCAAGUCGCAAGUCAGCUUCGCCUCGGCAUCGUGGCUCGUGCUGGCCGGGGCAUUCCCGCCGGAUGUGGCACGGGAAGCGUUGCUCAAUACCCUCGCCCACCCCGAUGCCGUCAAACCCCUGACGCCCUACCUCUGGCACCACGUCUGCGACGCUCUGGCAACUGUUGGCUGCUUUGAGAAAUGUGUCGAGAUCAUGACGAGCUACUGGGGAGGCAUGGUACAGGCCGGCGCCGACACUUUCUGGGAGUGCUUCAACCCGGAAGACCCUCGCGCAAGUCCUUACGGCGACGUGAGAAACAACAGCUUCUGCCACGCCUGGAGCUGUACCCCGACUUACUUGUUGAGAGAGAAGCUGAGGGACUUUGUUGGAGUUAAGGGGACGACGUCAGUAACCGUGGGCCGUCUGGACGAGGACUGGAUCAUGUCGGAAACAGCCGCAUAA